AUGGUUAGGGAAGACAAAGCUACUUGGAAGGCUAACUACUUCACCAAGCUCAUCGAACUCUUCGAGGAAUACCCAAAGUGCCUUAUCGUUGGUGUUGACAAUGUCGGAUCCAAGCAAAUGCAGGAAAUCCGUCAAGCCAUGAGAGGUCACGCUGAAAUUCUUAUGGGUAAGAACACCAUGAUCCGCAAGGCCAUCCGUGGACAUCUCGGAAAGAACCCAUCGCUUGAGAAGUUGUUGCCGUUCAUCGUCGAAAAUGUUGGAUUCGUUUUCACCAAAGAAGAUCUUGGUGAAAUCCGCUCCAAACUUUUGGAAAACAGAAAGGGAGCCCCAGCCAAGACCGGAGCCAUCGCCCCAUGUGACGUCAAGCUCCCACCACAAAACACCGGUAUGGGACCAGAAAAGACCUCGUUCUUCCAGGCCCUUCAGAUUCCUACCAAGAUUGCCAGAGGUACCAUCGAAAUCUUGAACGAGGUUCAUCUCAUCAAGGAAGGAGACAAAGUCGGAGCUUCCGAGUCUGCUCUCCUUAACAUGCUUGGUGUGACUCCGUUCUCGUACGGUUUGGUCGUUCGCCAAGUUUAUGACGAUGGAACUUUGUACUCGCCGGAAGUUUUGGACAUGACCACCGAGGAGCUCCGCAAGCGUUUCCUUUCUGGAGUUCGCAACGUUGCUGCUGUUUCUUUGGCCGUCAAGUACCCAACUCUCGCUUCUGUUGCUCACUCGUUGGCCGGAGGAUUGCAAAACAUGUUGGGAAUUGCUGCCGUUACCGAUGUUUCGUUCAAGGAGGCUGAGACCAUCAAGGCCUUCAUCGCUGACCCAAGCAAGUUCGCUGUUGCUGCCGCCCCAGCCGCCGCUGCUCCAGCUGCUGAAGCUCCAGCCGCUAAGAAGGAAGAGCCAAAGGAGGAGUCCGAUGACGACAUGGGAUUCGGUCUUUUCGACUAA